AUGCCUAACCACUCGCAAGUUGCGAUUUCGCGUGGCUCCUUCCAUUUCGGCGCAUCGAAGAGGCAGCCUUCCUUCGAAUCAUUGUCACAGAACCAAGUCCCUGCUGCGAGCUAUGAAACGCGAAAGAGCGAAUCUCAUUGGCGAACGAAGAGGAUUGAGCCCGGGCAGAGUCCAAGGACAUGCCCAAUCCGCAGGAUGCCCCCGGAACUAAUUUUGGAUAUUGCGGAUUACCUUCCGGAAUACGCUGACACCUUCUGCUUAGCUGCGACCAGCCGACUACUCCGCUCCAUCCUCUUGAGCCAGGUCGCAAAGAUUCCAGCGAACACGAAGACUCUCCAACACCAAGAGGUCGAAGGCAGACUAAUGCUGACUGGUGCCAGGCAAAAGCCGAAGAAGAGGAGGCACUCGGCGCCUACGAGAAACGCAAGGAACUCUUCUGCGCACUCUGCGGCCUCAAGCAACCCUGAUCUGCCUUCUCCCCGAAGCAAGUGCAGCGCUCUCCAUUCCAACGCGUCUGCCACGGUACGGAAAACCGAUUCCGCCUUUGCCGCCACAUGA